GAACUGGGAGGAGUGAGCUGCCCCCACCCCGCCAGCGGAGCCACCCUGCCGCCGUGCCCCGUUGCCCGUGGAGGAGGGACGCCGCCGAGCCCCGCCGCCGGGGCGUGCCAGAGGGCGUCCGCCGCGCACCCUGCUCCCAGCGCCGGCUGCGCCGUCAGCGACAACAUGCCCGCCGUCGACAAACUCCUCCUGGAGGAGGCUUUGCAGGACAGCCCGCAGACUCGGUCUUUGCUCAGUGUAUUUGAAGAAGAUGCAGGAACCCUUACUGAAUAUACAAACCAGUUGCUUCAGGCAAUGCAACGAGUCUAUGGUGCUCAGAAUGAAAUGUGUCUUGCCACACAACAGCUUUCAAAGCAGCUCCUUGCCUAUGAAAAGCAGCAUUUUGCCUUAGGUAAAGGAGAUGAAGAAGUGAUAUCCACCCUUCAUUACUUUUCAAAAGUUGUGGAUGAGCUCAAUAUUCUUCAUUCUGAACUGGCAAAACAGCUUGCAGAUACAAUGGUUCUCCCAAUAAUACAAUUUCGGGAGAAGGAUCUCACAGAAGUAAGCACUUUGAAGGAUCUUUUUGGCCUUGCUAGCAACGAACAUGACGUGUCCAUGGCAAAGUAUAGCAGGUUACCGAAAAGGAAAGAAAAUGAAAAGCUUAAGGCAGAAGUGGCAAAAGAAGUGGCAAAUGCAAGAAGAAAGCAGCAUCUUUCAUCUCUGCAAUAUUACUGUGCCCUGAAUGCUCUGCAGUACAGGAAGAGAGUGGCAAUGAUGGAACCUAUGCUAGGAUAUACUAGAGGACAGAUCAACUUUUUUAAGAAAGGAGCAGAGAUGUUUUCCAAAAGAAUGGACAGCUUUUUGUCAUCUGUUUCGGACAUGGUUCAAAGCAUACAGGGAGAGCUGGAAGCUGAAGCUGAAAAAAUGAGGGUAUCCCAACAGGAUUUAAUUGCAGUUAAUGAAUCCGUUUACACCCCAGAUUCUGAUGUAACUUCACCUGCUAUCAACAGAAAUCUUAUCCAGAAGGCUGGCUACCUUAAUCUUAGAAAUAAAACAGGUCUGGUGACUACAACUUGGGAAAGGCUGUAUUUCUUCACUCAAGGUGGCAACUUGAUGUGUCAGCCAAGGGGAGCAGUAGCUGGAGGAUUGAUUCAGGACCUGGACAACUGCUCUGUUAUGGCUGUAGACUGCGAAGACAGAAGAUACUGCUUUCAGAUUACCACUCCUACAGGCAAAGCGGGUAUAACCCUUCAAGCAGAAAGCAAGAAAGAAUACGAGGAGUGGAUAUGUGCCAUCAACAACAUCUCCAGACAGAUCUAUCUCACUGACAAUCCAGAGGCAGCUGCAAUCAAGUUAAAUCAGACAGCUCUACAAGCAGUGACUCCCAUUACCAGCUUUGGGAAGAAACAGGAAGUUCGCCACCCCAGCCAGAAUGUAAAGAAUAUGGAAAAUGAUAAAAUAAUUCCCAGUGAAUCAGCCAGCAUUCAAGACUCCACACAACUCAUUGCUCCUGGAACACCGAUUCAGUUUGAUAUUGUACUGCCUGCCAUGGAAUUCCUGGACCAGAACAGAGGUGGCAGGCGUGCAAACCCAUUUGGGGAAUCUGAAGACAGCAACAAAGAUGAAGAGGAAGAUUCACUCUUGCAGCAGAUGUUCAUAGUCCGGUUUUUAGGCUCUAUGGCUGUUCAGUCAGAUACCACAAGUGAGGUGAUUUAUGAAGCGAUGAGACAAGUGUUAGCUGCUCGUGCCAUCCACAACAUAUUCCGCAUGACUGAAUCGCAUCUCAUGGUCACUAGCAAGAACUUGAGGUUAAUAGAUCCUCAGACCCAAGUUACACGAACAAGUUUUGACCUCCCCACUGUGACACAGUUUGCUGCUCAUCAGGAUAACAGGCGACUGUUUGGCUUUGUGGUCCAUCUCAGUGAGCCACUGGGAGAAGAAUCCAUGAGUGCAUAUGUUUUUGAGAGCAACACAGAAGGGGAAAAGAUUUGCUAUGCCAUUAGCUUGGGAAAAGAAAUCAUUGAGGCAAAGAAGGAUCCAGAAGCACUAGCUCAGCUAAUGAAGUCUGUGCCAUUCACAAACGAUGGAAAGUUCAUUCUUCUGAAUGAUGAGUCAGAAGAGGACGGAGCCAUACGUGAAAAAGGGGAGGAAUCAGAAGCGUAACAGACUCUUGUAGUUUCCUGCAGCCUGGGAGAAGGAGCAGCAGGGAGUAUGUUUUCAGCCAUCGUGCACACAGGAGGUCAGUGCCCAUCUUCCUGCUGGAGGGAGAGGGGUAUCUGCACUGGAGAUUCCUCAGGAUUUGCAGUGGAACAGCAACAGGACUUGCGCAUCUGCGAAUGUGCAGUGUGGAGGUGUGCCCAGGAAGCAGACAAUCUUCGGGAAUGUUUCAGCAUUAGCCCCUUGCUGCUGGCAGUUGGGACAGCACUGCUGUCAGCCACAAAGGGUUAUCAACGCUUCUUCACCUUGACCUGGCCAGCAGUAUACAGUUCCACUGAAAUCGGUACCAAACAUCAGCUCCUUCAACAAAUACCCAGCCUCAAAUUCCCUACCAUAGUCAAUUUCCAUAGUUUGCAUGAUGAUGUGUAUCUGAAUGAAGGCUAAACAUGCACUAUUUACGUUUGUUUUCAGAUGAAGUUAUUUUUAGUCUAGUUUUAAGUGUAACAAGAUUUCUCUUUUGUGCUAGCCUAUUUACAAAACAAUUUGUUAAACUAAAUUUUUCCUAUUAAUAUAAUCUAUUUUUAUAUUGCAUCUAGAAUAAUCUUACAAAACAAAUCUAAGUGCCUACUCUUACCCUCCUUGGGACCACACUCACACUAUCUGUAAUUAAAUAAUGGACAGAAUGUACCUCCUUGAUCUAUUAUUCUAAAUACCACUGACAUGCAAACAGCAGGAGUAGUUAGAGAAGGGGGCAUGUUAGUUGUUUGCAGUUGUUUCUAUGGUUAGGUUUCUUCAAAGCUGCCAGAAGUGGUAACUGUAGGACAAAUAAGUACUUUUAUAAGAAGAAUUCUUUGUAUUUUUAACAUUACGGUGAUACGCAACAGCUGAAUCUACCAGCAAUAUUUGGUUUUGAGAAACUGAGUAAUAAAAUGCUAGAUUGUAAGUCUACAAUA